AUUAGAUUUGGCACGAUCUCUUUCUUGAUAUUCUCAAGAAGAGCGGGUACCUCACAUACUAAGUGAAUGUCUAGUGACGUCUUUUCUAUGAUAGUUCCGAAAACAUGAUGUUCUGAUAGCAAGGCAAGUUGGUGUUUGGAAAAGCUUUCAUUAUGACGUAUUGUCUGUCGGGUUUCAUCAACUAUUUUAUAGUCGAAGCGUACUCCUUCAAUCGUUCUUCAUUUCAUACAUUCUACAACUUCUAAAACAAUCAUUCACAUCAUAUUCUCCCCUAUCCACCUGUCCCCCAUUUCAAUUUACACAAACCUCAAACAAAUCAAUCAAAAUGAGCUCAAACAACGAGACCGGUGACAGAUUCCACGAGGGAAAGGAGAACAGCCAUCUUGCACUCGAUUCCAGUAAGAUUUUCCCAACGCUCGAGUUUCUUCAAAACUUGGUCACUGAUUGCUUAAAUAGAGGACGAGAGAACCAUUGCAAACAAGUUGGCUAGAGAAGAGCAACGUGAGCAUGAGCCUGAGGAGAUGAGCAAGGAAGACAAAGCAGCCAAGAAGGAUGCUACCCUCCCAGUAAGUUAUUGUCCUACCAACUCCUAUCAACAAACAUCGCUCGCUCUAUCGAAUUUUGUUUGAUAAUCAAGCCAUCAUGUUGUUAAAAACUGCACUAAUAUUUUAUUCUUUAGGCCAAGAUGCACGGCAACGAGCCCAGCAGAGGUGCCACAAUCGACCAACAGCUGAGAGAAGAGGAAGAGGCUGAGUUGAAGAGAAAGGGAAAGGCUUAAAUGGAACGCAAACCAUAUGAAUGUGUUGCAAGCAAGUAAAUGAAUACAUACCCACCGGUAUAUUUCAUGGGAUGAUAAGUUGUAUGAAUAGGCUCUAUCGGCGGAGUUAGGACAUGAGUUGAGGAGUCACUGUAAUUUAUAUUGGAAAGAGAUACAGAGAUGAAGUGAUAAAAGGUCAUUGAUUAUCGUAUCAUGUCUCAUCGCCAAUAAUGGCGUUUAUAAAAAUCCAUCGUUGCAGCGUGAUAGUGAACCUUCAGCCCGCAGUAGAGCAUUUCUCGAGCUAUUGUGAUAUGCCAGACUUCUCAAUGGCAUUGGUGUUGAACUCACUUGAGAUGCUGAAUUCAUGUUGGAGGAUUUAACAAUUUCGAAAGAUUCAGUGG